AUGACAUUGGAUGGACUGAACUUAUCAUUCUUGACAAACCUUCCCCAAAUUCCAACCACUUCUCCCUCAUUAAAGCGAUUGUUAUCGGAAUAUGGAUCGAAAGAUAAUGGGAGCGAUAGGUCGAACAAGGUAGCAAGGAAAAAACCCACAAGACACAAAGUCCAAAAAGGAAGGAAGCGAUUGAAUGGUUUCAUGGCUUUUCGGUCAUUUUAUUCUCGUAACAUUACAAACUACAACUCCCAGAAAGCUCUUUCUCAAGCUCUUGCUCAUGCUUGGAAUCGAGAAAAACAUCAACAAGUCUGGUCCUUGUACGCCACUCAAUAUAAUCAUUCUAAGAGCAUGGAACCAUUUUCGAAAUGGCUAGAUUUGAAGUUAAAUAAGAAAGUAGGCAAGUACAGGUCAGAUGAUUUCAACACUUGGCGCGAAAUCAAUAUCUUGUCCGAUAUUGUCGUUGAAGAUGUGUAUCAGGAAUGCAGGCCUUAA